CCGGACCCGCGGGGCCGCCUCCUCCGGGCUCCCCGGCGCCGCUCGGCUCCCGAGCGGGCGGCAGGUGCAGCGCGGCCGGGCGGCUGGAGAAGGGGGCGCCGAGGCGGCGGGUGGAUGAGAGGUGGCCCCGAUCUCCGCGCAGGGGGCUCCGAGCGUCAUGUUAAGGUAAAGCAGAGGGGCUCAGUGCUGAACAUGCUAAGGAGGCUGGACAAAAUCAGGUUCAGAGGUCACAAGAGAGAUGACUUCCUUGAUCUAGCAGAGUCUCCAAACGCCUCGGACACCGAAUGCGGAGACGAAACACCCCUGAAGAUACCUCGGACCUCGCCCCGGGACAGCGACGAGCUGAGGGACCCUGCUGGUCCAGGGACCCUCAUCAUGGCUGCAGGAGUCCAGGACUUUAACCGGACAGAGUUUGAUCGCUUAAAUGAGAUCAAAGGUCACCUGGAAAUCGCCUUAUUGGAAAAACACUUCUUACAGGAGGAGCUCCGGAAGCUGCGAGAGGAAACCAACGCGGAGAUGCUGCGGCAGGAGCUGGACCGGGAGCGGCAGCGGCGGAUGGAGCUGGAGCAGAAGGUCCAGGAAGUGCUGAAGGCCAGAGCCGAGGAGCCGCCCGCUCAGCAGCCUCCGAAAGGGCAGGCCCAGGGCAAUAAUGGAGCAGACCGACGGAGCCAGGGGCUGUGCCCCCGUGUCCAGAAGUGGUUCUAUGAGAAAUUCGGGGAGUAUGUGGAGGACUUCCGGUUCCAGCCCGAGGAAAGCACGGUGGAGACGGAGGAGCCCCUCAGCGCCCGGAGGUUGACCGAGAACAUGAGGAGGCUCAAGCGGGGUGCCAGGCCUGUCACCAGCUUUGUGAAGAACCUCUCUGCCUUAUCCGACUGGUACUCCGUCUACACGUCUGCCAUCGCCUUCACCGUGUACAUGAAUGCCGUGUGGCACGGCUGGGCCAUCCCCAUGUUCUUAUUUCUAGCAAUUUUGAGGUUAUCCCUCAAUUACCUCAUAGCCAGGGGCUGGAGGAUACAGUGGAGCAUCGUGCCUGAAGUGUCCGAAGUGGUGGAGCCUCCAAAGGAAGACCUGACCGUGUCUGAGAAGUUCCAGCUCGUGCUGGACGUUGCCCAGAAAGCCCAGAACCUCUUUGGCAAGAUGGCCGACAUCCUGGAAAAGAUCAAGAACCUGUUCAUGUGGGUGCAGCCUGAGAUCACCCAGAAGCUGUACAUCGCGCUGUGGGCCGCCUUCCUCGCCUCCUGCUUCUUCCCCUACCGCCUGGUGGGGCUGGCCGUGGGACUCUACGCCGGAAUCAAGCUUUUUGUCAUCGAUUUUAUCUUCAAACGCUGCCCGAGGCUGAGAGCCAAGUACGACACUCCCUACAUCAUCUGGAAGAGCCUCCCUACGGACCCCCAGCUCAAGGAGCGCUCCAGCACCGCCGUGUCACGCAGGCCGCAGACGACCUCCUCGCGGGGCUACGUGUCCAGUGCGCCCGCCGGCCUGAACAAGGACGAGGACGCCAGCCGCGUCCAUGGCGCCAAGAAGAGCAAUUUCCACGAAAUCUUUAACUUGACAGAAAACGAGCGUCCGCUGGCGGUGUGUGAGAACGGCUGGCGGUGCUGCUUGAUAAACAGAGACCGGAAGAUGCCGACCGACUACAUCAGGAACGGGGUCCUGUACGUGACGGAGAAUUACCUGUGCUUCGAAAGCUCCAAGUCCGGCUUCUCCAAGAGGAACAAAGUCAUCAAGCUGGUGGACAUCACGGACAUCCAAAAGUACAAGGUCCUCUCCGUCCUCCCGGGGUCGGGCAUGGGGAUUGCCGUGUCCACGCCAUCAACACAGAAACCACUGGUGUUCGGUGCCAUGGUGCACAGAGACGAGGCGUUCGAGACCAUCUUCGGCCAGUACAUGAAGAUCACGGCGGCGGCGGCGGCAUCGGGCGGCGACAGCUAGUGUUGGCUGGCCGUGACGCCGCUGGGAGUUUUUCUUUUUUUAACAAUUUGGUAGUGGAGAAAAAUUGGACAUCCUCGUGAUCUUUUGCAAUAACCCCCCCGAUCUGUGGUUUCUAUUGCGUUGACCCUGCGUUUUACAGACCCCUUUGCUCAGGGGUCGGGACUCUCGAGGGAGUGUCUUGUGGACGCGAGGCCACCGGGAAGGAUGACACGCAGGACACACCGCCAAGCACAGCUGCGCCUUCUCUGUCCCCACCGGGCGGAGACCGGCGCGGCCGCACCCCGGCUCUCGGAGGCCAGCAGCUUUGCCACACCAAAGCCAUACGAGGAGCACACGGGGCCCUCCCCGGGGUGAAGGACGCCGGCGAUAGGUGACGUGGGGGCCCCUGGCCAGCGCCAUGAACCGGCCCGUCCUUUAGGGAGACCCCCAUGCACGUCCUGGGAGCGCAGUGCUGACCAGCUGGCCGGGGGCCCCAGAUCAGCUCCUCAGGAGGAUGCGGAGCGCCGUGCGGUGCAAAGGCCCAGGAGGACGGCCGCUUUGGGGGUGCUCCGAGCCCUGGGGCCGCCCCCGCCUCCAGGCUGCUGUGCCAGGGUGAGAGCAGACCAGAGCGCCUCAGGCCCGAGGGGGCCCAGGCUGGCAGAGGGCCUGCCCGUGGGGGCGGUGCGGGGACGCUGGGGAGGUCAGCCGGCUUUGGGGAGUGACCGCGAGCAGAGCCCAGAGCUCGGGGUCCGCAGCCCUGGUGCCUGCACACACUCGGCGGGGAGUGGGGGGAGCCCUCGCCCUCGGGGAGGACAGAGCGCGCGCCUCGCAGGCCCGGCCCUUCCCUGAAGCCGGUGUCCCAUUGGGACUGACUGGCCGAAGGCCUCGGGGACGGACACGCCCAGGAGACGGCAGGGCCGGUGGGGCCACCCCCUCUCGGCACACUCCCGACACGGGCACCUCCGGCCCCUCAGCUUGUCCUGAGUCCUCUGGGUGUCACGGAGAUCGUUGUUUUUUGAAGAAACAGAAGAUUAUAUUUUUUACAGAGAGCAAGCUGUUUUUCUUAUUUUUGUAUCGUUUUUCAGACGUAAUUUUUACCUUUGCUCCCCAUUUGCUGGUUGGGCGGGCGAUUCGGUGGCGUCACUCCUGUCACCCCUUGGUGAGGGGACCUCGCGGAGUGUGCUCGGGAGCCACGCCCACCAGCCAGACAAGCACACACCCCGGCCCAGUCAUGAGGUCCCGGGGCCCUGCAGUGGCCGCCCAGCUCCUGGUCUCCCUGGCGUCGGUGUCUUGUGACCUUUCAGAGACGAAGGCAGAGCCCGCCCGAGACCUGGGCUUUGCCCCGCAGUCGGUGCAGGCAGACCGAGUUCUGGGGGGGCUGUGGGUAUACACCCAGUGGGACCCCCUCUGUGCCCGGGGCAAGGCAGGGUGGGCCCUGAACUGGCGCCGGGUGACUGUGGGGCAACACCCGUGGGUGCUGCUCAAGCCCCACUCCCCGGUGCUGCUGUGGGUUCGACAUGUGUCCCUGUCAGCACUGUGGGACUCUGUCCCCACGCACUGUGGGUGUGUCCCUGCGUGGAAUGGACUUGCCUCCUUCAGAGUGGCGUGGUUUGGUUUGAGUCCCUUCUGAGGAGCAAGGGAGAUGAAAACUGACCACGUGCAGGAUGGCCGUCCCCAGCUGCACAGUGGCCCACGGCAGGUCCCUCUUUGGAAGCCCAGGGCCCCUGCCGGGAAGAGCGCGGGCCUGUGCGGGCUCCCUGUCAGGGAGAACCUGGAGUUUUAUUGAGUUGUGUAAAUCUGGGCAGAUGUUUAAUUUCUGCGACUAAUCACUGAACUAGAAUGAAUGUUAAAUUUUUUAUGUCUGGAGCUCGAGUCUAUUUUGGAUCUGUAAAUACUCAUUACCAGUGUAACUUUUGUUCAACAAAAGGAUUGUACUGUAUGAAGAACUGAUGAAAAAAAUGCCCCUGUAACAUUUUUUUAAGAAAACCUUGUUUAAAGAAAAAGUCUUGUAUAAAUUAUAAAU